AUGUUUGGAAAUCUCUCGUUUAUGAUUCCUGCCUCAGGGCCGCCUAGGGGACCUCCCAAGGACGUCCCACCGGCGAUGCCAAUUAACCUACCCCAAUGUUAUCCACAAACCCCAGACAAUGAUGCUCUAGCUGGCCAAGAACAAGGCUCUAACAAGCCGAGAGAGCCACUCACCUCGGUGCUGCAAAAAAUUGUCCGGCCGGCUGAGUUUAACGCCUCGCACUUUGAAGCUCUCGGGGUGCACGUGGUCCCAGAGGCUACUCCAGCCCAGCUACUCCCAGACCCUACGUUUAUCCCAGACUUCGACGCCUGGCACGCCCUUUCCACUGAAGAGGUUCAUGCGACCAACGAAAGCACUCGCAAACGGCUGAACACGGGCAACCUUUCGCCAGGCUGCCAUACCUACCUGGAAAGAAAACGUGAGCUUUCGAUUGCGAACGAGGCGGCGUACCGGACUAUCCGGAGAAUCCCGCCUCCCAAGGGACAGCCGCAAGCCCGCCUGGGAAACGCCUACGAAUUUUAUCGUCAUCUGGAACUGUUUUCUGCGUUUUGGGAAGACACUUCGGUGCCACCAGCCCCGGAGAGCGAAACGGACCAGGUGGGAGAUGGCAACGCCGAGAAUGCGCCCGUUCCAACGGAGGGCAACAAGGCUCAGGAGAAUGGUUCCGACGCCGUCAAGUUCUAUCGCACCGGGACCGGCCAUCAGAUGCCGGUCGACUACCGCCAGAGCAUGAUCACGGCCUUCCUAAAACUGGUAGCGUACGACUUCACCUGCAAUGUGUCGGCACCCCGUACCGAACCACGACUUCACAUCACGUCAAAAUCUUCCACCGGCUCGCCACGUAGCUCUUACUUCUCUUCUGGGUGCACCUUCAUUUUCCGGACCCCAACCACUCGCGAAGCCGCCCGUGCAGGCAUCACUGAAGGCCCGGUGGCGGCCGUGAGCGCUAGGCACACGACCUCUUUCCUACCAACGGAUCCGGUUUCAGAGACAGACAAGGACUCGGUCCUUGACCUUGCCCGGGAAGUCGUCGCCGCUCUGAUCACAGCCCAGCACCGCGCUCGCGAAGGCCGCACCGAGAAGCCCAUUGGUGAGAACGCCUGGUGGUGUACCAAACCGCGCUGGGGCGGCGGCCCCGGCGGGCCCAUCGGGCGCGAAGUGGAGAUGCUCUCUGGAGCAGACCAGACCAUCGGCGACAAAGACGCCCCGCCGUCGGAAAGUACGCCGCCGCCCUCCUCUUCCUCUCAAGGAAGCGAUGCGACCACCCUCCCUCAGCGGCCUUCCCACCGCCCCGUUGGCGGGAGUAUUCCCUUCCCUACGGGAAGUAACACCAUCUCGGCCCUCGGCGGCGGCAGCAGCAGCAGCAGCAGUGGAUCCUCAAAGGGGGCCAAGCGCCUCAAAAAAUCAGGAAACCACCCAAUGUACGACAACUACCGCAUGGUGCGUCAGCCAAAGUCAACAUGGGACAAGAAGACGCGGUACGAAGCUAUCGGGCGGGCGCGGGGCGUCGACUACGACGACGUAUUUGUUGUCAGCACGGUACUGCACCACGUUAGCAUCGUGAGGAUGCGCGUGCCGGAUCGGCUGCUGGCGGUUCUGUCCGGAGAGGCCGAGGACAGCGGGGACAGGCGGAGCUGGGGCAGGCUUGAGGUGUGGCGGAGCCCGUGGUACGACUUCUUUAAGGUGGACGAGCGGGUGUGCGCGAUGCAGUUGGUCUGGAGCAUGAUGGCGUGGAUGAUGCGGGAGCAGGUCAAGGAUAGCGAGGGAGCAUUACCAGAGAAGGAACAUAGCCAAGGAGAUGUGAAGAUGACGGGGGCGUAA